AUGGAACCAAGACAUCAAUCACUCAUAGCUACUCUGCUCAGCGAUGAUUUCCCGACUUCUAAUGGCUCGAAUGCCACUCGCCCAGACUUGAGAGCCUUUUGUCAAGCUUUUCAACGUAACAAGCUCCAAAGAUUUAAUGGCUUCUACAACACAAGUGAAGGAGAAGGCAUGAACAAGAUCUAUGGCUUAGCACUCUGCAGAGGAGAUCUACAAAACAAGAAGGAUGACUGCCAGAGCUGCCUCAAGGAUGCAAGUAAAAGCAUAGUAAUAGACUGUCCGAACAAAGCACAAGCCACAGAAUGGUAUGAGAAGUGCUUUGUUAGGUACUCAAACCAGAACUUCUUUGGGAUGGUGGACACCGAUGGUGUUUGUACGUUAUGUGGCGUGGAGAAAUUUUCGGCUGAAGCGAGCAAUGCUACUCUGAACCUAGCGUUGAGGUUGAUCAAUGAUGCAGUCAAUGAUCAGAUGUUUGUGGGUGCUGGAAAAGUGGUGAUCAGUGACUCAUUGACAAGCUAUGUUCUUGUGCAGUGCACUAGAGAUCUUAUUAAGAAAGGAUGCAGGCAAUGCUUGCAGAGUGGGGUGAACAAGGUGUCCGGUGAAUGCGACCAAACCAAUGGGUGGCGCUAUCUCUCAGGUAGUUGUACCUUGAGGUUUGAGGUCAAUCCUUUCUUUGAUACUGCCUUGAUUCCCACUCAAAAAGGUCUCUGA